AUGCCUGAGCUUCUGCCUAGAGCUACUCCGAUUGCAAAGUCCUCAGCCACCAAAGCUGUCCCAACUUCGAGCAGCCGACCCCAGACCGGGGGUCCCUCACUAGGACAGCAGCAGCAAAAGGGACAAACGCCGCUACAGGCACAAAAGCAGCAGCAAAAAAAUAAACAGGAAGUUUCAUUGACCGACAGGGCGCGGACUCCGCUUCCAGCCAAAAGUAAUAGUACUGCGCCUCCCAAAGAGUCUCAACGGACCUCAAAAUCGGAUGCAUCCAGAGGCUCUACAGCAAAGACGGUUGAAGACCCUUCUGACCGAGUGGUCGUCAACUAUCAAGGACCGAAUAGAUUCUACUCUUUCGCUGAGAAGGAGAAGAUGUGGGACUACGUUAUGAAAAAUGUGAAGCUUUCUGCUGGCACUAAGAAGCCUGAGGUGAAGAAGCCUGAGGUGAAGAAGCCUGAGGUGAAGAAGCCUGAGGUGAAGAAGCCUGAGGUGAAGAAAUAA